UAGUCUAAUGGUCUAUGUCAAUGGGUAAGUAUCAGUAAAAAAGGAUAAAUAUUUACAAAAGAUAUAUGUGUAAGUUUGGAAAGGUGUUGUAAAAACACAAGAUAUAUUCUUUGUAUAGGUGAAUGCUACGUGAUUUUAGAAAGAUUCAAAUUAAUCGGUUUCAUUCGAGAUAAAAAUGUAUAGCCACGUCUUUUAUUAACCAAACAUGUUUUUUAAUAUUUUUACUUCUAUAUUUUUUAACUGAAAUGAAAUGGUAUGACAAUGAAAUAAUAAUGUAAACACAGUAAACAACCUUUAUUUGACAUUUCCAUAUAGUUGCUAUGGCAUUUUAUGUUGCUUAUUUUAGACAUUCAAUUUGUUGACUAUCAUGAGUUUUUCUGUAGAUUUAGUAUCAGAAGACUCAUUUUAUGAAAAUAUCACACUGGGUGUUACAAGAGUCCUUGAGUCAGAUCCCCGUAUAUCAAACGUUGUAGUAGAGCGACGACCGCCCUGUGAUCGCAUAGCUAUUUCCAACUGGGAGCAAAGGCAUUCAACUAUUUUACCGGAUGAUUUACGCAAUUUUUAUGCUUCUAGUGACGGAUUUUUAUUGACAUGGAAUUUUAAAUAUUCGGCUGAUGAAGUUUUGCAAGUUGGGGCUAUAAGAGUCAAUUCAUUAAGCGAACUAUGUUUGUCCGCCGGCUUGAAAGAUCUUUUGGACUUCUCGAUGACCCGGAAUAGUUCUGGGCCACGACCAGUACUUAAUCCAAAAAGCAAGGUCUUUGAACUAGAUACCUGUAGGAAUAUCGGAAAGGUUUGCCUUAUUUGUACAAACGGUUCCUGGUCUAUUUGGUUGGCUACUCGCGAAGGAGCCUGGGGCUGGCUGGCGGACUCCUUUACAUAUUACUUCAGGAUGUCCUUAGUGCACCUCGGCCUGCCGGGCUGGCAAGCCGCUUUCACGAAUUUGCCACUUAUUCCUUGGGCGGAGCAACUUUUUUUAUUAUUGGCGCCUCACCUACUGGAGAAAGAGUCUGACAGUACAAAUGCCAAUGGGUCUGAAACUGGACUAAACCAUAUAGAUCCCAAUAUAUUCAAGAAUUCUGUUCGCCAUUACAAGACAAAUCGUCAACCUAAUAAUCAAUGACCAUGUUCUACUGUUAUGGUUUAAUUGAAGGAUAAGAAACACGUCGAGAGAUGUGAAAAUACUGAAUUAAAUUCUUGUGCAGAAGCAAAUAAACUUUUAUUUAUAAAACCGGAAAGCGGAAAUUAAUUAAAAAAAGCGAUGAAAGGUUCGAAAAUAAAAAUAAAACAUUGACGUUGCUUAAUGCAUAUAUUGAAAUAAUCGUACAAUAGACUUUUUAGCUUAACAAACGAAACAAAAUGGACGGAAUGUGAGAUACUUUGCUAAAUACAAGCUAAAAUUUCGCAAAUAAAACUACAUAUAUUUAAUACACACAACUCAUACAACUAUUUAUAUUCAUACCUCCAACAUAUAACUAAGAUCAAAACAUUUUGUUGUGGCAUUUUCAGGCUUAUAAAAUAAUGCUGCCAUUACUUUAAAAAAAAUAAUUGCUAUAUAUUGAAAAACAAUAUUAUAAUGUAAAUAUGUAAUUGAAUAUUUAAUAAAGUAAAUUAAUGUAUAAUAUACGAAUAUAUUUGACUAUAAAUAUAAAAAUACAUGUGAUUGCGUUGCUUCGUGCGCUUUAUUAUAAAUUUUAUUAAACCAGCACUAACACUUCACUAAAUGUACGUGACUUGCACAACGACUUUCGUUUAGAAAAUCUUAACACGUAAAUUAUAUUGUUUCAUAACUCAUAUUAAAAAUAUUAUAAGACACUUGAUAUUUGUGUUUUGUUUGUAACUAAACAUUUUAUUUAGUGAAAACGGAUCUUCGAUUAUUUUUACUUAGAAGUGCUCGCUUAAUUAAUUGUUUAAAUGCAUGCUUUUCUUAAGCUAGAUUAAGUUUAAAAAGUAUUACACGCUAAUUAUUUAGGCCUGUGUACCUUAAAUUUUAAUUAGCAUAAUUGUAAUGACACAAAAAUCUUACAGCUAAGUUUUUUUAUAUUUUUUUUUUGGUGGGAUGUUAAAUUUUGAACAUGUUAAUGUUGAAUACAUUCAAAACCAUUUAAUAAGCAAUGUUAUAAUAAUUUUAUGGUUUGAAAAAGGCAAAGCCAGUGGUAACAGUUUUGUAAACAAUACAAAUCAUAAUAUCAAUGGAAUGAUUUACAAUAUUGCUCAGUACUACAAUGGCUUGGUACAAAACCAUCUUAUAUUAUUUUACAAUGUCUACAUGUCUGCAUAUAGCAUUGCCAGGCGUAUGGAUAAAGCCGGACAUAGGUAGGAUUUUUGAUUGCUGAGCGCAGGCGAAGAGAAUCGACUGACGGUCGCAUGUAGGGUGUUCGGCUUUUCUACCCAAAUAUCCGCCAAACUGGUUGGUCUGUCCGGCUAUUAGGUUUGA